CUGUGUCCUUUACCUUAAUCAUGGCUAUGUCUCCAUCUUUGCUGCCUUUGGCCAUUUUCAUGAUGUUCUUCGUACAAGUCAUGGCAGGUGGCAUUGACCAAAAUUGGUAUGAUGCUCGUGCAACCUUCUAUGGUGAUGCAGCCGGUGGUGAAACCAUGCAGGGUGCUUGUGGUUAUGGUGAUCUCUUCAAACAAGGAUAUGGGCUUGAAACUGCAGCAUUAAGCACAGCUCUAUUCAAUAAUGGAUUUACUUGUGGUGCAUGUUUUCAGAUAACAUGUGUCAACGACCCUCAAUGGUGCAUAAAAGGUGCAGCUCCAAUCACAGUGACCGCAACAAACUUUUGUCCUCCAAAUUAUACCAAAAUCGUAGAUGUUUGGUGUAACCCUCCACAAAAACACUUUGAUUUGAGUUAUAAAAUGUUCACAUCUAUAGCUCAAUACAAAGCUGGUGUGAUCCCGGUUAAAUAUCGACGUGUUCCAUGUAUCAAAAAGGGCGGUGUUAGGUUUGAACUCAAAGGAAACCCUAGUUUUUUACUUGUUUUGGUGUAUAAUGUUGCUAAUGCUGGUGAUGUUACUAAUAUGAGUAUUAAAGGAUCUAAGACUGGUUGGCUUACCAUGCGACAUAACUGGGGACAAAAUUGGCAUAUCAACUAUCAAAAUUUAGUAGGGCAAAGCUUGUCAUUUAUCAUUACUACAAGUGAUGGAAAAACUUCUCAGUUUGAUUCUGUUGCUCCUUUUAAUUGGCAAUUUGGACAGACUUUUGAAGGCAAGCAAAAUUUUUAGACUUUGAAAUUUUUGUUAGAAAUAUAUCUGGUUAGAAAAUUAUGUUAGGCUUGUCAUGUAGUAUCAUUUCCUGUAUUUUUGAUCAAUGACCGCAUUUGAGAUGA